CUAUAAAUAGGAGGGAUGAAGCCAGCAGAGAUCAGAUUCUCUCUACAGAGACCUCUACAGCACACAGAUCCAGACAUGGCACCUACAAUCACUGCAGCUCUGACCAACUCUCAGGAACAUCUGACUCUGACUCACAAGCUCAGAAAGCCUCUGGUGGAGAAGUUACGCAGAGAGAGAAUCAACAGCAGCAUUGAGCAGCUCAAGUCUCUCCUGGGUCCAGAGUUCCUCAAACAGCAGCCAGACUCCAAGCUGGAGAAAGCAGACAUCCUGGAGAUGACAGUCUGUGUCCUGACACAGCUGCAGCAGCAGAAUAGAGCUGUUGACUCAGUUGCUGUUAAAAAGGGCUACUCCAGGUGUGUCCAGGAGGUGGCACACUUCCUGUCCAGUGAGGAGGCGAAGACGCAAACCAAGAGAAGACUGAUGAUGAAGAACUUCAACAAGCUGCAGUCUUCCUCUGAUAAUAACCUGACAGAGGCUGACUUCUCUCCUCUGAGCUCCACGGACCAGAGCAGCGUCACCAAAGACAAGAGUCCAGUCCACAGCGCCCCCUGGAGGCCGUGGUAGACACCUACAGACUGGAGUUACAACCAGACAAAGUGAGACCACCACAGUGGUCAAAGAUUACUGGAAGUGAAUUCAGUGAAAUUGAAGGACUUGUUCUUCUGUAUGAACAGAAGUCUGUAUCUGUGUGUUUGACAUAUCCUGAGGAAAUGACACAAACUAUAUAUUUCAAGUUCAGAAAGAGAACAUCUUGUCAUGCAUGUUGCAUGAAUCCAAUCUGAUUGCAGCAGCAAUUAUUAUUAUACCUCAGUCUACUUCAUGUACUGGUAUUAUAUAAUGUUAUGAUAACAUUUGUUAUUUUAGAUCAUUUUGAUCUUUGACAUGGGAAAUAUCUAAAUGUCCUUUUUAUGGACAUAAAACUGAUCUGUUGUAAGAUUAAAAUUAAUUUUCCCUAAUAGUUUUACUUCAUAUCACAAUUUAUGUUGUGAUGUCUGAAUAAUUUUAUCCAAGUUAAUCACUUCUUUAUUGGACAUGGAUCAUAUUGAUUAUUGACAUGUGAAAUAUCUAAAUGUCCUUUUUAUGGACAUAAAACUGAUCUGUUGUAAGAUCAAGAUCACUUUUUCUAAAAGUGUUGCUUCAUAUCUUCAUGUUUCCUGUGAUGUUUGUUACAUCUUGAAUAGUUUUGAUCAUGUUGAUCAAUUGUUGAGUUAUUGUCCUUUUUUGGGACAUGUUAUCAUUGUUUACUGCAGAUCAUUUGAUGUGAUUAUUGAAACCUGAUCUGUUGCAGAUCAAUAUGUUUGAACUUUUAUUGUAAAAGUUUCACUUUAAUGUCACAGUUUUAUUGUGACAAUAUGACUAUUAUUUUCAGGGUUAUGGUUAGGGUUACUGGUCAUGUACUGGUAUUAUAUAAUGCUAUGAUAACAUUUGUUAUCGUAGAUCAUUCUGAUCUUUGACAUGAUAAAUAUUUAAAUGUCCUUUUUAUGGACAUAAACUGAACCGGAAAAUCAUACCACAUAUGUUAAUCAAUUGUUAAUUAUUUGUCCUUUUUUGGACAUGAGAAAUAUUUAAAUGUCUUUUUUAUAAAACAUAAAACUGAUCUGUUGUAAGAUCAAGAUCACUUUUUCUUAAAGUUUUUCUUCAUAUGUUAACUGUGAUGUUUGUUUACUCUUGAAAAGUUUUGAUCAUGUCGAUCAAUUGUUGAGUUAUUGGGACAUGUCAUUGUUUACUGCAGAUCAUUUGAUGUGAUUAUUGAAAGUUCAGUGUCACUGUCACAAUUGUAUAGUGACAAUAUGACAAGUGUUUUUACUUGUUUUGUACUGUGUCCUUCACUUUUGUUACAAAGUGAAUGUUGACUAAUCUAGUGAUUAUCUCAACUCGAUCUGUUCUUGGGUCAGUGUUUUUAAGAAUGAAUAUUCAUUGACGAAUCUCAGACUAUUUGUCUUUUGUAAAGACAAAUGUUCCUACGUCGAGUGCAGUGUGUCUUGGAGAAUCUGUAUUUUUACCAAGUUAUUGUUGUGAUGCAUCAUCACAUCCAUUUUCCACCAUUCUUUCUAAAUAAAUCAAAUAUAAUCCAA